AUUGUAUUUAUAUUUUCCGUUCGUUUUUUUCUUGAGGAUCCCCUCACACGCUGCCGGCGUCUUUGUUGUAGUCGUGUCGCGCGCUUUUCUCACGUCCCCAGGCCUCCCCCUCAAGGAUUUGGGCGGAACGACUGGUUAAGGACUGGCAGUGCGUACGUGUUCUAACUGCAAAAUUCGGGUUUUGGAUUCCUACUCGCAGAGUUCGGUCGUUGCUUGACGUGCAUUUUUUGACGUGUUCCGUGAUCGAAAACGAAUCGUCUGAAUAAAGAAGGUGUUUCAAAAGCGUCAUCAAUUUUUCGCACCAAAACACGUGUCGCAGAACGGAACGGUGCCUCGAAGAUAACCCCCCCCACUAGACGGAUUACUCACGCUGAUGUUUUGCGGCUGAAAUUUUUCCCGUUGUGGCAUCGCAUGACAUAAGGAUUACCAGUGGAUUUUUUUUACCUGAGUUGGGAGUUCAGUGAUGAUUGGUUUGUGGAAACGAAAACAGCGCUCGGAGUGUGGAAAUUUUAUAGCUCACGAAAGCGAAGCAACUGUGAUUCACACUUGAUGAUUAUUAUAUUCGACAUAAUUUUGGAGUAACGCCCCAUCUAAAAGCUAUUUAAAGUAUUACUCAUCCAGUCUCGAAAGUGAACUAACGAACGGGAGCAGCAACUUUUCAUCAGACAAAGGAUUACCGAAUGGGAUUACACGGUUGGAUAUUAAUUUAACAACUUGACAUCACCAUCCGAAACAAGAAACCUAGGAAGUGAAGGGUGCACACACGAAGCUAUUUCACAAAACAGGAUCAAUCUAAGGAUUACCAGCAGGAUUAGAAGAAUCAGUGCAGUGGAAGUGUGAAAAAUGAUCCCAUGCUAUGAAGUGAUGAAUGAUUGAAUGGUUCUUCAGUGAGGAAAACGAUUUAACAUAUCACAAACAACAGACUCCCCUUCAACAGCAAAACUGCGUUCAAUUGAGCGGUAAGAGUUCCACCACGCUCACGUGCUAAUGAAAUGUCGUCCCUGCGUCAGCGUCGCGCCGUUGCCCAUAGAUGAUACCGAGCAGUAGCAGUCCCAUCAGCCAACAGCAGCAGCAGCAGCGGGUUUCCAGUCCACCGAAGACCCUCGCGAACAAAUCCUCCGGCGGGUGGGACUUGGCAGGCGUCAGUACCGGCACCGUAAAGCGUCGACCCUCAUCGCUGGGAUCCAAAGAGGGGACACCGCCAGGGGACGAGUGCAAAGAUGAUGGCCCCAGAAGUGAACAGUUUGGAGGUGCAGACGAGAAUGGAGCCGGUGUUUCUAAUCGAGGAAACAUGAAAAGUGCGAAACAGUCGAAAAUUGCGGUGCUUCGACAGAAGAAAACAUCCAAUCUACUGACGAAAACAACGAACGACAAUAAACCGACGUCUCAGCAAAAACUUAAAAACAACAUAAUCCCUCCGAAAAAGCUAGUCAAACAAUCAACAUCAACAUCCAACAGUGGGGGCGAAAGUGCGGGUGGUCGCGGUCUGAAAAAAGUCUCUUUCAUCGCUGGCCUCUCGGUGGAGGGAGCCCCAAUCAAGUCGAGCACGGUGAAAGCGAUUGUACGAUCCCGACAGCAAUCCCUCAGUGACACCGGCGUACAGUUUAAAGAACUUUAUCGGGAUUUUCCGGUGGGGGGAAACAAUUCCGUCCCGUCAGACGGAGAUCAAGUUAAUCUAGCUGCCAUCGGUACUCCUCCUCCAUUGCCACCCUACCGUGACCCCCCGCCACCACCCCCAUCAUCGUCCGGAAAGGUGGUGCUGGAAGUCAUCCAACAGGAUCUAAUUUCGAUGGAACCUGUCAGCAAGAAUGAAGACGUCAUACCGAAGGAGGCCAACAGCAAGUCCAAACUCAAGGGAUUUGGCAGCCUCGGAAAGCUGAUAUCGUCUUCCACGGGGCUGGGGGAGAAGAAAAGCAAUAAUUAUGUGACACUGCCGUCCUCGCCCAAAAUUAGUAAAAUGUCUUCCAAAGGCGCAGUUGAAUUGCCUGCUCCACCUGUGCCGGCUCCACCUUCGCCACCCUCUAGUCCGGAAGUUGUCUGCGAAGGUAAGCGGGAAUUAUCACCAGACGACAUCCCAACGAAACCCGAGUUUUCUUCAUUGCUUUUGAAGAAUCUACCGGUUCGACAGAGAAAGGGAGCUGUCCCUCAUUUGGAGAAUUAUUGUUUGUUUGACCCGUCGGUUGACUUCUUCAACGAGAAAGAGCACAAGAUGAGGACGAUACCGGAAACUGUGGAGCUAGCGGAUCCUCUUCUGUAUCAAAAUCCUUUGAUCUACGAUGCAGUGGAUCGAGAUUCCGAUAACUAUUUCACAAUUGAACCGGAAUCAUUUGACGUGGAAGCGCGAAAUCGUCUUUCGCUGGAAAAAGUGGAGGAGAAAAUUGAUGAAAUUUUCAACAAAACUCGAACGUCAUCGUCUUCCAGUGGCUCAAGUCCAGACUACCCAUCCAUGGUGAAUUCAGUAAUUGAAACUCCCUCGUCCAACCUGGAAUCAACGGACGAAAGUGAUUACGGAUUCCGGAACCGUUUGAUAGAACAACUCCAGGUAGUACCGAAAUCGAUAUCCGGUUCCAUCAACGGCGACCAGCAGGAGUCCUCCUACUACGGAGUGGUAACAAAAACAGCUGUCACUCAGUUCGAACGCCUCCAUCGUCAGCAAUCGACCUCCCUUCCGAAUUCACCCCUGCUUCAACAGCGCAAAAGUGAUGAAUCAUCGUCCUCAUCACCUCCUUCCUCCUCCACGAAGACCACCGACUCAUCCUCAAAUGAACCUUCCUCCUCAGCUCAUGGGACACUUUGCUCGGAAGAAGCACUUCCCUGCAGUCCCCCACCCCCAGCACCCGCAUCUUCGCAUCCCACCCCCACAAACAGGACGGCGACGAAAAUUAAAUCAGACCCACCCGUCAGCAAGGUUCAUUUCCUCCCGUUUCUGUCCUUCGAUCCCCUCAAGUCCAGUGUAUCGCUGCCGCAUCUCCAGAAGGCACCUUCAGCCACCGGAGCCAUCAGCAAACACGGUGGCCAUGUCCCCUAUCGGAACGCAUCCCUCGAUUCGACGCCGCUAUUUAAUCGGCUUCGGAAACAGCGGCCACUUUCCAAUCAUAGUGACGCAGAUAGUGGGUUUUUGAGUCCGGCCACGCCGCCAGAUUCGACUGGGCAGAGCAUUCAGAACCAGAUUCUGGCCGCCGACCAGAAGCAACAGCUGCAACGGUUGCAUCAGGAACAAGUGGAGAAUAGUGAUACGGUGGUGGUGUUGGAGCAGUGCGAUAGCAUCCAGGAGCUGAUACAGAUCUACACCGACUGGGCCAACUACUACCUGGAGCGGGCCAAAUCGAAGAAGAAGGUCUCGGAUCUGUCCGCCGAUUGCCGCGAUGGGCUGCUGCUGGCCGAAGUGAUCGAAGCGGUCACCACUUUCAAAGUACCUGAUUUGGUGAAGAAACCAAAAACACCCCAACAUAUGUACGACAACGUCAAUUCCUGUCUCACCGUUCUGAGACAGCAUCAGGUUGGCGGUCUCGAGUCGGUCACCCCAAACGACAUCUGCAGCGGCCGACUGAAAGCCGUGCUCUCCCUGUUCUUCGCUCUGAGUCGAUAUAAGCAGGCGACCAAGCAGAAGGCAGCAGCUGCCGCAGCAAACGCAGCAGUGACAUCAACCACCGGUUUCAUUGCUCACCACCAACAGCAGCAACAGUUGCAACUACAGCAGCAAACCAAAGUCGAAAUCCAUGCACCUCCGGCCGACAUGACGAACCGACAACUGCCGGUCCCUUACACCAAGCCGGGGGUCAAUGGAGGUACGGCCAUUCCGCUGCCGGCGACCGUUAUGGUCACCCGGCGAUGUCCACCGGAUAAAGUGAGACCUUUGCCACCGACUCCGAAUCAGCAGACGGGACUUCAUCCGGGCCUUCAGAAGCACACCCUGGCCAGCAGUAAUGGCGGUGGAGCACAGGCCGGAGGAAGCAACCCACACGAUGGCAACAGCUGCUCAGGGAGUCCGCAGCAUAAUGGGACGGCGAUAAUAACGCAGAUCACCAAAGGAGGCAGCAGUCUCCGGCCACCGCAGACGACAUGCAAGAUUCCGGCCAGUCCCUAUGCGACCCAAACCGUCGGAAGUAACCACAUCAAUAACAACAACAACAGCAGCAACCACAACAACAACGUCACCCUAAUCCCGAAUGGGAACGUUACCAACAUCCCAAAUCCGACCCAGAAGCAAUCGAUGCUGGAAAAGCUGAAACUAUUCAACAGCAAAGAGAAACAGGACAAAACUUCCAAAUCGACCAUUUCCAAACGGACCAGCUCGAGCAGUGGCUUUUCCUCGGCUCGAAGCGAACGGAGCGAUUCCAGUCUGAGUCUUAACAACGAUGGCCCCACGGGAAAGAGUGGGAAGGACUCCAGUUUGGGUAAAAAAUCCGACACUGCCAACAGUAGUGCCAAAGUCAAAUCAUCGAAGCUCAUCUCAUCCAAGUCCAGUUCGAAGGACGCAUCGGGGUCAAAGAUUUCCACGGUUGGGAAACUGGGCGGGGACAAAAGCAAAGUGGGUAAGGAUCAACCUCACGAUACGCACAUUCCGAUCACGGCACCGAAGGCGCACAAAAUUCCGACGGCGACGGCCAUGACAACUGCAGCCAGCGGAGGCCAACCGAAGUCCGAAUCGAAACUUAAACCUGCCUCUGUGGGAGGUACGGGCAGCAGAAAACUCGAUGCAAAAUCCGAAAGUAAAACUAGUUUGUUGUUGCACCAGCAGCAAUUACAACAGCAGCAACAACUACAACAGUCACAGUUGCAACCGCCGAAAACGAUGGUGGCUCCACCGUCAGUCAAUACUGGGAUUCCGAAACCGAUGGCCGCUGUGAAGGGAACGAGCAAACCUUCGCCGCCUCAGCCAGUGCUUCAGGAAACCAAGUCAAAGGAUGAGCUCUUGAAGUUGGACCGCGCCCUGGCCGGCUUUGGAGGACACCAGAAUGGCCUGAUCUCGCCCCAGCAUCUACCGAAUAACAUAUCAAACAACAAUAGUGAUCGAAUGAAUGUGGUGAAUACUAUCAGUGUCAGUGGUAACAAUAACGUUCUAGGGAGUCCCAUGAAACUGCCAUCCCAACAGCAAAUCCCCAGCUGUAUGAGUGAUAGCAUGCACUCCAACUCAACCCAAGGCGCCUCCAUCGGGCAACACUCCAACUCCAGCGAGUCCAGCAGUGUCGUCUAUCGCCCCAGCGGAUCGGAAAGUGGCUCCGAACUGAUCUCGAACCUCAGCUCCCCGCACAAGUCCUCGACCUCCUUCCUCUUCAACGACGUCAAUUUGAACAACAACAAUAACAGCAAAUUUAACACCGUCCCAUCAAAAAUCCUAAACACUGCCCCGAACCAAAAUGGGACCAUUUACGAGCAGGAGGAGAAGCAAAUCACCGUCGUUCCGAUGCGACCUCUGCUCCGUGGGUACAACAGUCACGUCACACUGCCAACGCGAGGUGCCCGCGGUCAUCACUACAUAUCGGAGUACUGCGAGGACCUCGGCGGACAGGGUUAUUGCAGCGAUGGAGACGCACUGCGAAAGAUCCCCGCACGCUACUCGGACUCCAUGGAGAACGGGUACCCGUCUGAGGGGGGUGGUGGCGGAGGCAAUGGUGCCUUGAUGACACGCCAGCAGUACAUCAGCUCCUUGAGGAAUCGAACGCCGCUGCCCACGACCAUCGAGGAACGAUGUCGUAGCAGUCGAGGCGAUAACCUGGAUAGUAUCGGAACAAGCCCAGCCAUGGACGCGGUGAAUGGCAAAAUUUCACGACAGCAGAACGGUUCGGCAUCGGGACCCGGAGGUCGCGAAUACUGGGGACGAAUGCCGGAACCACCGUCAUCGAAUGGCCAACCACCUUCCAGCAAUCACAGUCAACAGGGAUCACAACCUCCGAGUCCCACUUCGAGCCGGAAGGAUCGGAGCUCUCCGGGCCACUCGAGGAAGAGCAGUUCAUCGUCGAAAAUUGUCAGCAGUCGAUCGAAGGGCACUCCCCAAGGUUUCGGAUACGUCAAGAAGACGAAUGGAGUUGUGGACCAGCAGGGGCAAUCGUUACUCACGGGUGGACGAACGGCACAUGUUUCGGCUGUGCCAAGGUCUGGGAAACUGAAGGUUUCCGGCGGUACGCAGACCACGACGGCUGAUUUCCAAGCAAAAGCGCAACAACACCCCCAGUAUCGUAGUUUCUCGUUGACCGGACCGGGUGCGGCACAGUUGAGUCAAUCGGUCAAAGAAAGGUUUGGAUCCGGAACGCAUAGUUUGCCUAAGCCCGGUUUAGAUAUGCAUGUCUUCCAACAUAGAAUGUCCUCCCGUGGGUCCACUAAGCUGAACGAUGGUAGCCUUAGCGAUACGCAAACCUACGCCGAAGUGAAGCCCGAUUACGGUAGCUAUGCGAUGUGGCUGCGUCAUUCCAACACUGCCUCCAGUCGCCUUUCGGAGGGCGAGUCCCUGGAGACCUUUUCGAUCGGAUCCGGAGGUGGGGCUAGCAGUGGAGGUGGUGCUGCAAGUAAUGCUAGCGGCGGAGGAGCAGGUUCUAGCAUUCCCGGGGCUACUCGCCCUAGUAAGCUGCUGCACCAUGCAAGGGGCGAAACGCAACCCGCAAUGCACCACGCUGGCACAACGCACAGUCCGCGGUUGAACAGAAGCAAUAGCAUAAGCUAUUUGAAAGAACGGACCUACCCCAGAUCAACCAAGUCGGAGAAGAUGUACCCGUCGAUGCUGAGCCGGGGACCGGACGUGGAAAUAGAGCCGUACUAUUGCCUGCCGGUGGGAACCGUGACCGGUGGCAGCAAUGGGAUGGUCCCCUGGAGUCAACCGACCUCGCCCACACCGCCGGCACGUGGCUUCGGAGGAUUGCUAUCGCCCACGCACACCAACGCUUCCCACAGGCUCACCUACCCGAAAAAGAACGACGAAGUGCACGGAAGCCAAGCGUCGCUCCUGUCCGGUGGUUCGUCCCUGUACGGAUCAACUGAGGAGCGGCAAGCAACAGAAGUUCGGCGCCUGAAGCGAGAACUCAUCGACGCCCGGGACCAGGUGAUGAGCCUCUCUAGCCAGCUGUCAACUAAUGCACACGUUGUGGCGGCAUUCGAACAAAGUCUGGCCAACAUGACCCAGCGGUUGCAGACGUUGACAGCCACGACGGAGAAGAAGGAUAGCGAAAUUUUGGACAUGCGACAGACAAUUGAGCUGCUGCGGAAGCAGUCGAUCCAGGCCGGUCUAACUACCGCCCAUAUGCAGAGUAUGGGCGUACAAGUUAACGGACAGGUCAAUGGAAAUGGAAAUACAGAUCAGACGACGGCGCCACCAAUGCCAUCCGGUGGGGAAAUGCAAAGACAUCAUAGUUCCGACUCUAUGUGCUCUUUGAAUUCGGUUAGUUCUGGCUGUUCGGCUCAAGACAAAAAUAAGAAGAAGAAAGGAUGGUUACGGAGUUCCUUCACCAAAGCAUUCUCUCGCAACGCGAAGAUAUCGAAAACCAACCGUCACGUAAGUCAGUCUUCGAACCUGGACCAAGGAUCACCGGCGGCGUCCGGAAAUAAUCAUCAUCAUCACCAUCACCACCAUCAUCAUCAUCACGGUACUAACGGAACUAGUAACAGUAACAAUAAUCACCAGCAGCAGCCUUUGACGUCGACGACGACGACGACGACAAUGACAACGACGGGACACGGCGAUAGGCCACCCGGAAUUGGACCACCAGGAAACGCACAACUGCCUCCGCCAUCGCCCACCAAGAACGGAAGCCCGCACAAAACUGUUACGCUGGUUGAAAAUGCAAAACCAAUCGACGCCGUCGAGCUGAACGGCAAUCCAGUGGUGGAAGACCUCAAGAAGCAGCUUCGCGAGAAGGACAUGGUCCUAACAGACAUACGGUUAGAAGCGCUCAAUUCCGCCUCCCAGCUGGAAUGCCUCAAGGACACCGUGAUGAAGAUGCGCCACGAGAUGAUGAACCUCAAGCAAAACAAUGAAAGACUGCAACGGUUGGUCACCACGAGAUCCUUGGCGGGAAGCGAAGUAUCCUUAGGUCCGGUAAGCCCCAGUGGCUCCAUCGGGGAACCUCGGCGGUACAGUCUGGCCGCAGACAACGGAAUGUCUCGAGCACCACUCGAACUGCCACAAAAUCUCGACGAAACCGAAGAAGACAAUAUUCCGCCUGCUCCGGCGCCAGAACCACCACCAGCUCCCCUCAGCCCAGCAAUUAUUGCAGAACUGUCUCCAACGAUCGAACGCGCGGCGAUGGUCACUGAAAUCCUAACAACCCCUGCCGAAGACGUUGCCGAUCCGGUAGAUGGCAAGAAGAUUGCAAUCGCAGUCUACCUCGGGCAACCAGAAUCCUUCGCCAAAUACGCCGAAGAAAUGAACGAAUGUGAUAACUAUUACCACUCGUCCCAGAUGGGGGACGACAUGGAAGAUAAGUCAGCCGCUGAGAACGGUGACAAGAGUCGGAAAUCGUUCUCGGGUGCACCGGAAGGCAACAAUCCUAGUCCAAAUGAAUACAUCAUCGCCUAUACCUACAUCUCCGGGAAGACCACGUGGCAGAAUCUCGACUACAUUGUGAGGAAAACGUUCAAAGACUACCUGGGAAAGAUCGACUCCGGAACCAACCUCGGACUCAACACGGAUUCGAUAACAUCCUACCACCUGGGAGAGGCAAAACGUGGUCCAGAAAUGGGAUUCCCCGAGCUGCUACCUUGUGGGUACAUCAUCGGAAACGUCAAGACGUUGUACAUCUGCCUGCAAGGCGUGGGAAGCUUAGCUUUCGAUAGUUUAAUCCUUCGGAACAUCGUGCAUCGGUACAUCUCACUGUUGACUGAACAUCGACGGUUGAUUCUGUGCGGUCCCAGCGGAACCGGCAAGUCCUACCUGGCGCGAAAACUCGCCGAAUUCUUGGUGGCUCGGUCAGGUCGCGACAACCCUGCCGAAGCGAUCGCCACGUUCAACGUCGACCACAAGUCCUCCAAAGAGCUGCAGCAGUACUUGGGCCACAUUGCCGAGCAGGCGUCGAUGUCCGAGGGUGCCGUGGAGGAACUGCCAGCUGUGAUAAUCCUGGACAACCUGCACCACGCGUCCGCGCUCGGUGAUGUGUUCUCCUGCUUGCUAAGUGCCACCGCUGCCAAACUACCUUGCAUCAUCGGGACGAUGUCGCAGGCCACGUGCAACACCACGAAUCUGCAGCUGCACCACAACUUCCGAUGGGUACUAACAGCCAACCACAUGGAACCGGUGAAGGGCUUCCUGGGCCGGUAUCUCCGGCGAAAGCUGUUCAAUAUGGAACUCCACUCGCAAACACCCCAACCGCAGUUGGAAAAGGUCCUGAAGUGGCUCCCAUCGGUGUGGCAGCACAUCAACAGCUUCCUGGAGACGCACAACUCCAGCGACGUCACCAUCGGACCCCGGCUGUUCCUGUCCUGUCCGAUGAAUCUGCAAGACUCGCAAAGUUGGUUCACCGACGUGUGGAACUACCAUCUGGCCCCCUAUCUGAUGGAUGCCGUUCGAGAGGGAGUGCAACUGUACGGGCGAAGGGGUGGCACCUGGGUUGAUCCUUGCACGUUCGUCCGAGAAACGUACCCCUGGCCCAUAGGGCCUACGACGGUUCCCCAGCUGAGGCAAAUCACCGCAGAUGAUGUGGGACUGGAGGCAAGCGCACCGGCCAAUUCCGAAAACCAGGAUCCCCUGUUGAAUAUGCUGAUGCGACUGCAGGAAGCGGCCAACUACAACGGCAACCAGGAGCCGGACUCCGAUUGUGCCAGUUUGGAUUCGAACAUGACCCACGACAGCUCGGCCGGGGCCGAUUAAGAGGGAUUUUUGGACGUUAUGGGUCUUGUAGGGAAAGGUGGCAGAGAACAUUGUUAUUAAUGCAAAACGUGUAUCCAUAAUUCAAUUCGGUAAUGAUGAAGAGAAGCCGAUAUUAUCACGUGUCAAAUGAAUUGAACGAAAAUUAAGCAAACUGUUUUUUUUUUUUCAGUAUUUAUUAAAAACGAUUAAUUUGUUAUACCGGCCAGUCACGUGGAAUAUUAAAGUUUUGCCAACUUUUCAUCGCCCGCAUCGCGAAACAAUGAAGCAGCGCAAACCGUGCAGGCGAAUAAUUAAUUGAAAUGUAAGGAAGUGGACAACAAAAAUAAUAAUAAUUAAACCCAUUGUGUACGAUGGGAGGGGGCCAUCUGCCUUGCACCCUCCCCGCAGUACACGAUGAUAAGUGGCACCGGGGUCAAAAGUAAUUGAACACAAAUUCGAUGAGAGCCACUGACUGUUCGAUAUUGCGCUUCGCUGUU